UGUUACCUAGCGUUGUUGUAGUUGUUUGUUUUAUUAAUUUAAACAUCCAAGAUGGCGGCUGAUUCAAAGAAGAAGAAGAUCGCAUUAAUCAUCGUGUUUUCUGUUAUUGGGGUGGCGAUGAUAGUGGCGGUGGCGGUGGGUGUCACAUGCAGCAGAAAAAGCGCGAAACAGAACAAAGGAACCUCCUCGUCCAAAAAGGCGAUUGAGACUAUUUGCCAGACCACCAGCUACAAAGAAACCUGCCAGAGCAGCCUCGAGAAAGCGGCCGGCGACACCUCCGACCCGAAAGAGCUGAUCAAGACCGGGUUCCAGGUGGCAGCGGACAAGCUGGACGAGGUCAUCAAGAACUCCAACACCUUGAAAGAUCUUGCCAAGGAUCCCAUGGCCAGCCAGGCUCUGGACGUCUGCAAGGAAAUGCUGGAUACAGCCGCUGAGGAUCUCCUCGGAGCCGUUGAUAAAAUGGGGCCGUUCGAUGCCAGCAAGAUGAAUGAAUAUGUUGAGGACCUCAAAGUGUGGCUGAGCGCCGCCGUCAACCACCAGCAAACUUGCCUGGACGCGUUUGAGGGCACCAAGGGUGAGGCCGGGGAGAAAAUGAAGGGGUUUUUGAAGACCGCGCAAGAACUCACAAGCAAUGGACUUGCCAUGGUCUCUGAAAUCUCUUCACUGUUGGGAUCCGUCAAUUCAAACACCCACCGCCGCAGACUCCUCGGUUCUUCGUCAGGUGACCAGAAGAGUAAGAGGGUUUAUAAGCCGCUGCCGUCGUGGAUCGGUGCUCGCAAGUUGGAUCUCUUGACUGCCACUCCGCAGAGUCUGAAGCCCAACGUGGUUGUGGCUCAGGAUGGGACUGGCAAGUACAAGAGCAUCCAGGAAGCUUUGAAGGAGGUGCCAAAGAAGAGCGCCCAGCCCUUUGUGAUUUAUAUCAAGGAGGGAGUUUACAAAGAGUAUGUCAUCGUUGAUAAGGACAUGACCAAUGUCGUCAUGAUUGGUGAUGGUCCUACCAAGACAAGGAUCUCCGGUAGCAAAAACUAUGCAGAUGGUACCACAACUAUGUAUACUGCAACAUUUGCCGCAGUUGGAGACUACUUCGUUGCCAAGGGCAUAGGAUUUGAGAACACAGCGGGAGCCGCAAAGCACCAGGCCGUGGCACUGCGUGUGCAAUCAGACUUUUCCAUCUUCUACAACUGCUACAUUGAUGCGUACCAAGACACCCUCUACACCCAAACCUACCGGCAAUACUACCGUGACUGCACCAUCUCCGGGACAGUGGACUUCAUCUUCGGAGAUGGUGUGGCGAUGUUCCAAAACUGCAGGAUGGUGGUUAGAAAGCCAGGGGAUUCACAGUCUUGCAUGGUCACGGCCCAAGGCAGGACCGACAAGAAUGAGAUCACAGCCAUUGUCCUCCAAAACUGCACCAUCACUGGUGAGCCAGACUACAUGGCUGUAAAGGACAAAAACAAGGCCUACUUGGGGAGGCCAUGGAAGGGCUUUGCAAGGGUGGUGGUGAUACAGUCGCAGAUUGACAAUGCGAUUGCGCCCGAAGGAUGGACAGAAUGGACUGGUGAGAAAUUUCACACUAGUUGCUUUGUGGCUGAGUCCGGCAACAGGGGUGCUGGGGCUGACAUGUCCAAGAGGGUCAAAUGGCAAACCCUAAUGAAGCUUACUCCAGAACAAGCUGCGGCUUUCACCCCUGCGAGGUUGUUUGAGGGUGAUAAAUGGGUCAAACCCAGUGGGGUUCCUUAUGUUUCUGGCAUGAUGUCUGUGUAGAUCCCCAGAUGAAAAAUCUUACAACACCAAUUCUUUUCUUAGGAAAAGAAAAACAAUUUUACUUCACAGCUUGAUUCUGUGUCUUGUGAAGUUGUGAUCUUGUGGGAUGCCUUCCCUUUGUUUAUGAAUAUGAAUAUAUAUAUCACACAUUUUUGUUAAGCUAGUUGUACCCAUUAACAAU